AGGAUUCAGCACGGUCAGGUUCUGGUGAAUGUGUCUUCCUUAGAUUUUGCCACCUUCUCAUUUAUCUUCAUGUGGCAGAAAGAAAGGACGAGCUUUAUUCCUCUUUUUAGAAAGAUGAUAAUGUCAUGGGGACUCCACCCUCAUGAUGUAAUUACCUCCCAAAGGCCCCACCUCCUGGGACCCUCUCACUGGAGGUUAGGGUUUCAACAUAUAAAUUUAUGUGGGGACAGAGAGAUUUAGUCCAUAACAAUAAUAGCUCACACUACUUAUAGUCAGCAGAAUUUAGUUAGGAUGUUCGAGGUACUAUGCACUUAACAGAGUGAUAUUCUCUAAGUUGGUCCCAUUUCCUUGUUUUACAUAAUUUAUCCUGUUUAAUUAUUAGAAAUAUUCACCAACUUUUAUAAAUAGUUCUUGAAUCAACUGUAGGAAAACUUGCAAAAAGUCCAAUAUGUUGCUUGGUCAAAGAAAUACAAAUAGACUUGGCAAAUUGGAGCUGUAGUAAAACUCAGUGAAUUCUCCAUCAUUGAAAUCAUUAAUAGGACAUACCAAAUUUAAUCACAAAUUCUUUUAAAGUUCUUUAACUAACAUGAAUUGAACGUGCCCCUCUUUUCUCAGAAAACAACUGCAAGUUCAUUAUCUGAUGAAUAGACACAUUGUAAAUGAAAUUUGUUAAAAUGACUUAAUCAUUGAUAUACCACCAUUAUCACUUCCAAAAUGUUUUCAGGUUUUUGAGACAUAAAUGAUCACAUGUGCUUUACAGAACACGCAGUUCCAUUUAUGACUUCAUCAGGAUAUUUCUACUCUAUAUCAUUUCUGGGGGAAAUUUUCUAUCAUUACCCUAAAAAAUUAAUUAGUCCAUUUUGACAAACAUCUUUAGAAAUAUUUAGAAUUGUUUAAUAGAAAAGUUGUCUUUAAACACCUGCUGUUAUUUUCCUAGUUAUUAAAAUAUUUUUAAAGGAGUACUUGGCCCUUAAUAAAAAUAUUAGUCAUACCAUCCUUCCCCUUUUCCUUCUCACAACCAAAAUAACAAAAAUAUUUAAAUUACUGAUGUUUUUGAAACUAAAUGUCUUCAUGAUAGAAGUAAAAGUAACCAUAGUACAAAGACAGUGAUGGGACUUCCUUUGUGGCCCAGGGGUUCAGAAUCUGCCUGCCAGUGCAGAGGACAUGGAUCUGAUCCCUGGUCUGGGAAGAUCCCACAUGCCGCUGAGCAACUAGCCCGUGCACCACAGCUACUCACCCAGGACCCUAGAGCCUGCGAGUUACAGCUACUGAAGCCUGUGCACCUAGAGCCUACGCUCCACAACAAGAGACAGGUCCCUACUCAGGACAGCUAGAGACAAGACAAGCAUGACAAGGAAGACCUAGCAUAGACAAAAACAAAUAAACAAAAAUUAAAAAAAAAAUUAAAGAUAGUAAUAAAUUGAAAACAUGCUUGCAACACACGACAAAAACAUUCAUUUUUGUGAGAAGAAUUUACAGGGAUCCAAAUAAAGAGUACAAGUGGAUACAUUAGGUGUGAAACUUAAUUUUGUUUAUAAGAUUAAAUCUUAGGCUUUGUUUCUUCUAGGAAAGCCUGGGGACUCAGAAGGAGUAGAAAUGGGUAGAGGAGGCUGUACUAGGGGAGGGGUGGGCGCACAGUCAAUAUUGUAAGACCUUCAGUGGGACCCUUAGCCUAGGGUUAGAGGUCAUGCUCCACCAACAGGAAACCUGUCAGCAGUCCUCACCAGAGUUUGAUGAGUCUGGGACAGAGGCCUGUCCAUGCGCUAUCCAACCCUCAGGCCUCAGGGCAGAUGGGUGAGAUGGGGGCCCAGGACAGUUUGGGGACUGUGUCCCACAGAGUCCCAGAGCCCUUGCCAUGGGUGCCCACAGGCCAGAUCCAGGCCACAAAGCAGCUGAAGUGAAAGUGAAAGUCGCUCAGUAGUGUCUGACUCUUUGCGACCCCAUGGACUAUACAGUCCAUGGCAUUCUCCAGGCCAGAAUGCUGGAUUGGGUAGCCUUUCCCUUCUGCAGGGGUUCUUCCCAACACAAAGCAGUGAACCUCUCCCCAGUCCCUGCCUCCAUGACCUAUAAGCUGCAGAGGACGAUCUGGGCAUGGUCCCCAGAGCCCUGGGCAGCUGGAGGAUAUGACCCUGGCUACUAAGGACAGAGUUUCCCAGCUCCUGUUCUCCAUUCACGUUUCCACACUUGGUCCAGCAUUGAUUGGUUGUCCACCCCCAGGAGGUGGCAGGAGGUUAGGUUGGUGUGCAAGGAUCUUACACAUCAUUUCAGGCUUGCCUCUGUGGUUGGGACUUCUUUCAAAGAGAGUAAUUGUUGUGAAGUAAAGAUUAACCCAGUUGGAAAUUGCUACAAGUGUGUCUCUGCAGCUUAAAUGAAGAGCCUGAGGCCCGGCUGAGUCCUAGGCGCCAGGACCCAGAGAGAUGAAAGUUGGAUGGGGUCUGGGACUUGGCUCUGAGGUGCUGCCCGCUGAGACCUGCCCCCUCAGCCAGGGCCAGGCACUGGACAUAGGACCCCGACUGGGUGCCGGAUACCCUGCACGCCCAGGACCCCGUCCUCCUGGCCUGGGCCUGGACCCCAGAGGUAGAGGGUGGUGCCUGGGACCUGAUGCUUGCUUUUCAGAACUGAGAGUAGCAUUUGUUUGGGGGGGAGGUUUACAGCAACAUUAGGGCUUCCCUCUUGGCUCCAUCGGUAAAGAACCUGUCUGCAGUGCAGGGGACCUGGGUUUGAUUCUUGGGUUGGGAAGGUCCCCUGGAGAAGGCAAUGGCAACCCACUGCACUAUUCUUGCCUGGAGAAUCCCAUGGACAGAGGAGCGCGGCAGGCUACAGUCCAUGGGGCCGCAAGAGUCGGACUUGACUCAGUGACUAAACCACCACCGCUACCACAAGAACAUCAUGACCUGACCAUGACCUGACCUCAAGAGCAAAGACUCUGACCCCAGAAGUAGCCAGGCCACUCCCUCAGCGUUCCUAGAAAAGUGUUUUGCUGAACGUUUUCUGGGUGCUCAGCUUUUUUUGGUUGUCUGUCUUUUCUCCUUGUGUGGCCCUGCAGUAAGGCUUUCUCUCCUCCCUGUGUGUUAGGAGCACAAACUUGUGAUCAGUACCAAGAUGAUAUUCUCAUCAAUAAUAGAAUCUCUUUAUUCUCAAUGUGUUAGAUUUGUCCCUCCUCACCCUGAAAUGUUCACUAUCAGCUAUACUUGGGGACAGAACAUUUUAAUUCAUAUAAAUUAUUUUCAUAAUCAGAGAGGAAUGUGUGAGCCUGAGAUUCAAUUUUUGAAAUAAAAUGGUUACUCUGAAAAGCCAAACUUGUCCAUGAAAUGACAGUAGCAGUUGGACAGUGGCAGUUGGACUCAUCCUGUGCAGAGUCCAGUUAAUUCUGAAGGUUCUGUGAUGUGUGGUCGCCAUGGUAAUGUGGUGAUACACAUUCUGCAUUCAGUGUGUUUUCGAGCUGAGAGCUUCAUGUAUGGUGGCAAAGAGAAAUGGGUAACCUGAAUUGUUUGGGAGGUAAGUUCCCACUGAUCCUCUGAAGGCUGCUCCUUCAAAUGGGCUGGUUAAUCUUUACUGAUGAACUUUCCUCAUCUUUUUUUUUAUUAUUUUUCUUUUCCAUCACUCUAACUUAUCUACAGAGUUAUAACUGUGUUUUAUAGUUUUGUAUUAUUCCUUAAAUUAUAUUUUGAUUCUCCUGUCAGCUGGCUGCCUUAAAUAUCUUCCUAGAUUUCCAAUUUCCCAAUGCCAGUUUUGUACACCAGAAACAGAUGAAAAGAACUAACAGAGGAGACCCAUGAUGUCUCCCCAACAUCGGACAUUAUAGUAAAGGGAAUUACAUCUCAACUCUUCUCAAAUGCUGCUGCCCAAAUCUACAAACACUAGCAGUGUAAAUCUAGAGACUUAAAAAGGAAAGAAACUGGAAUUUACUGGUAGGAUUCCCAUGGGUGAUGUGGGCUGGAUCAUUGUUUGUCUGUUGCCAAGGAGUUUAGUGAGAUGGCAUAGUGCUAUUGGGUUGGUAGGAAUAACAUUUGGUCACUGAGGGAAGAAGAGCCUGUCUGUUGAUCCUCAAGGAGAAUCUAGGGUUACGGUCUCCAGGCUGUGAGGAUGGAGAUGAUUUUCAAAAAGAAUAUGGGGCUCUGUUGUCUUCCACUACAGGGUCUAGAGCAUGAUGAGAAGUUGAUAGAGUCAGAAUUUUAGUGGAGAAAGAUUGAACUCCUGCCCAUUCUUAGCUAGCACUUGGUCCAGGCUGCUCAAAUAAGUGUUCAGAUCAGCUGUGAGACUUGGAGCAUCUCAGACUUAGUUAAGCCACCAAAGGCCAGCACAGAGCCCACCUCCCAAGUUAACUCACAUUAACUGCUCAUCCAGACUUGCUCAAGUUAAAGGGAAGUUAAUUCUUGGUAGAACCAUCAUGUGGCCUUUGGUUUAGACGGUUCUGAGCUCUGAGCCAACUUGUUGGCCAAACAGACCGCUGGUCACUUAGCACGGUGAACUGGGCUUUGGGAAGGCUGCUCGUGAGACGGUUGAGUGUGUGAAGAAGCUUUGGAGGAUGGACAGACUUGGAAUCCUGUGGUCUUUCUGAGGGGCUUUGCUCAGAGGAAACUUGUAUUUUGGAUCAGGAACUGAGAUAUAGGCAUGAGUGGUAGAAGGAGGAUUUGAGCUCUUUUUAAGGCUGAGGCAUCUUCUUCAGGGCAUCAGCUCUUAUCCACAGAAAACUAGGGGCAGGAUAAUUUGAGUUGGAGGUAGGGUUGAGGUCCUGGGUAAGGGGUUUUAGCACAGGUCUCAGGGGUGCAGGCAUCUGUGUCCUCAGGGAACCAUCUACAAUCCUGCCCCAGGUUCACUAUUUAUUAUUGUGUGACCCUUGGAAAAUCACUUCCUCUCUCUAAAUUUCAACACCAUCUAAUGUAACAUAUGGAUUACAGCCCACACUUUGUCCACCCUUCCUCUUGAACAGGGCUGAGUGUCCGAAGAGGUGCUAAUAGAUACUCUCCAUGAGCUAUAAAAACUUGUUUCGGUGAAAAAGCUAAGGAAUAAGCUUCCAUCCCCACUUAUUGGAGCCAUCAAAAUGUCCUCUCUGCUUUCAACCACUACUGAAGCUCCAUCUUAUUCUUGCCAUCAUUCAAGGUUGAACAUUUAACAGAGAAAUUAUGAAGCACCAGUCAUUUACUUUUGUAUUUAUUUAUCUGUCUGUCUAUCAUUUAUUUAUUUGGCUGGAUCGGGUCUUAGUUGUGGCAUGUGGGAUCUUUAUCACAUUGUGCAGAUCUUUCGUUGCAGGGCACUGACUCUCUACUUGGGGUGCUUGACCUCAGUAGUUGCAACAGGUGGGCUUAAUUGCUCAGAGACAUGUGGAACCAGAGUUUGCCGAGCAGAAAUCAAACCCCAUCCCCUGUGUUGAGAGGCAGAUUCUUACCCACUGGACUGCCCGGGAAGUCCCUCCUUUAUGUUUCUAAUAUUUUACCUGUAUUUAAUCAUUCUUGGCCUCAUAAUACUAAAAAUAGGCCAUGUUAACAUUUCUCCAACUCAGGACAGGGAACUGAGGCAAAGAGGGAUCCAUAUGUCUUUCCCAAGUACCUGCUUCUCCUAAAUGUGAUUUGAAUCCAGUCCAUCAGGCAUGGUAACCAUGCUUUGCUGAGCUUCUAGAUCUCAGUUAAAUAGAGAUAUUUGCACACACAGCCAGUCUGUUGGAUGUUUUCAGUGCACAUCAAACUGCAGAACUUCCUAAGUCCACCUUGGAUUCAGGAGGCCUUGCGAGGCAUCUGGUGAGGAAGGGGACCAGAGGAUUGAAUUAUGGAUCAAUUAUUAUUAGUUCCUGGGUGGUCCUCUGCCGGCAACAUGUCGACAGCUCUCAUCAUUUCACAGGAAGUCUCAUCCAGAAGGAGAGAAGGAACACCCCUAAAAUGUCAAGAACAUCAAGAAGCAGCUGGUUGAAGAGAGUUUCGUUUUGGCCACAUAAUAGGGUGCACCCUAUAACUGACUCAACUGAAGAGCUCCCUGAGAACCAGCCUGAGGGGCUACCCAUUUCAACGCUGGAGGAAGAGGCUCUGCCCAACUCCAUAGCCUGUGAACAAGCCAUUGAACACGCUCCCCAGGAGCACCUGGUGUUGGAACUGCCCCAGGCCGGGGCUGAGGAUCCGCCUCUGCCACCCCUGGAGGCAGCCGGAGAAGCCAGUGAACGUGGUUUCACUGAGGACCUGCCAGUCAACCCAACUUGUGACAGGACCGAAGAGACUCCAUAUGUCUCCAAGGUGGCCCUUUCAGAAUGUGAAAAUGACUGCUUCCUGGAAAAUAUUAGCAACAGUGAUGCAGAAGACAACUCAGCCUCUGCAUACGACGAAUACAUGGCAGAUGAUGAGGAUUCAGAGACGAUGUCAGACAACUCUCUAAUCAGCUCUUUGGAGAACGGCAAAAAUGUGCUCAGUGAUGACAAAAAAGACCAGGAGGAAGUGUGAACGUGGGGCCCGAGUUGAAAAGGCUCUCAGCUGAAUCCCUGAAGACCUGGACCCUAGAGGCGGCGGAGCCCACACAGCACCAGGAGCCUCAUUUGGAUCAGAUUAGGGGAGGCCUCACUGCUUCUUUCCUGAGGGCCCUCAUUUAGUACAGCUUCAGUUGUUUUGUUGUAUAGAUUUUGUAUUAGUUUUAUCUACAAGUUCUGUAUGUAUCUGUAUGUUCAAUGUUUAUAGGUAAGGUUUUUCAUUAAAUUUAAAAAUCUAUUUGUUA